AUGAAGAGGAGCAGCUGUCUGGUUUCUCUCUGCGGGCUCCUGGCUGCACUUUGUGCCGCUCAGGCCACCUACACACACCACUGUGAGUACCUGAGUGAUCCUCACCUGACUUUGUCCUGCUGUCAGCAUCUGUCAGCAUCGGCUGCUCUUUCACUUUCCUCACUUUACUGAAAACUCCUGAGAUUAUUUCAGAUUAUCAGAAAAAUCUGCUGUUUGGUUUGUCAGAGAUGGGACAGAGUUUAAUCUGACAGUGAUCUCAAAUAAGAAACGAAAACGUGACCUCAGGGCGAGGUUUUCCGUCAUGUCUGAGAAAUAAUCUUUAAACAGUUUAAUUGAUUUAGAAUUUAAUAAAAAAUGUUAAAAAAAAGUUCAGAGUACAAAAAAGUCAGCUGUUUAGGAUUAAAGAAUAAAAAAUGAGACGUUGUCUUUCUUGGGAUAAAUCUGAAAUAUUAACGAUAAAAAAGUUCUGAGGGUGUUUUUGUCGAUUAAAGUGGGAAUAUUAAGAGGAACGUGAACACAUACUACUCUAUAAAAACGGUUCUUUAAAUGAAUUUAAAGAGUUUAAAAAGAGAGAAAAUGUUCUGAGAGGACCUGAGUGAACAUUUUAAGAUUAACAGUCUUUAAAGAUAUCUAAAAAGAUUUUAAGUGUCUUUCUGUGAAGUUCAAGCUGAUGAUGAUUCUUAUGAUGAGUGGAGAAUCUAUUUAUAAUUGUAGAUUUCUAUAAAUGAGACGGAAAUGUUGAGGAAAAAAGAAGCUAGAGACGUUGUAUUGAUUAAAACUGAUUUUAAAUCUCUCACUUAAGUUUCUACAAAAGAGCAUCAAUGAAAUCCUGAAUUAGUUUUUUUAUUCUGUUUUCUAACAGAUUUAAAUUCUUCAUGAAAUCUGAGAUUUUAGACUCUGAUCUUAAAAUUCUAGUUUUUAUCUCAGGAUUGAAGCUUUAACCUAAAAUCUUUAAUCAUCAAAGUAAACUUACAAGAAAUCUGAAUUAUUAUUUUUAUAGUUUUUUUAAUUAAUCAGGUUUUGAAAAAUAAAGUCAAAAAGCUCAGGUACGAAGUUUAAGACUCGUAAACAAAGUUAAAGUUCAGUUAAAAAGUUCAAUUGUUUUCUUGAAUCUGAUAUUUUUGAUUCUUGAUUGAAGAUCUAAGAUUUUUUUUUCUUGAAUUAAAUAAUAAAAAAAAAAUCUUGAUGUUUUAGUUUUCCAACCUGCUGUAUCGAGUAAGAACAUCCAGUUUUAUUCUCUCCUCUGAUAAAAUAAUUUACAUUUUGAAUGUUUACGUCGUUUUUGCACACAGACAACGUUUCAAAUCAGAGAGAAUUACAAACUCUGAAUUUGUUUAAUUAAAUUUAACAGGAAUUAAACACGGAGGAACCAGAACUAAAAGAAAAACAAAGAAAUGAAGAAACAAAGAAAUCAGACGUUCACACAGAGACUUAAAAAAAACGCUUUUUAAAAAUAAUUAAAUGUUUUUUUUCUAUCUGAAUGAUGAAUUUUCCACAUACGCCACUCGACAGCAGCCUGUGCGCUCUGUGAGCAGGACGCACCUGUGGGCGGGGCCGUCCUGCCCUCACCUGUGGGCGGGGCCGUCCUGCCCUCACCCGUGGGUGAAGCCUGAACUUGAGCUGCUCCCGCCUCCUCAGGGAGGGAAGUUCUUACCUGACACGCUGUAGUUCACCUGAGUUCACGGACAGAUGAGUGACGGCUCAGAGGAGGACAGAAACGUGUGGAAACAGAGUUCUUCCUGAAAUACAGAGAGAACCAGAACCAAGUCAGAACCUCCUGAGCUGAGGUCCACCACACGUGUCAGAGCCGGUGUUGAUGAGCUUCAUCCUGAACGAUGGUUUAUGGUUCACUGUUUGUUUUUGGUGGUUUAAUGAAGAGGUGGAGACAGAUAUAUGUGUGUGCAGAACCUCAAACCAAAACACUGGAGCAGAUCUUCUCAUGGUGCUGUGAUGUUCCUGUUUAGUUAUUCUACAUCACAGCAGAUCUGGUGAAGAUCUGGAGCAGAUGUAAACCUGGUUUUCAGCUCUCAAAGUGGAUUUAUGAUCUUCUAAAGAGGAGAACACCAGAGUUCAUCAGGAGGACUUCAGUUUGAAUCAGAAACAAACCUGCUGCUCUUUAAGUGGACCACUCCUCAGGUUCUGGGAUCAGACUAUUACCUGGAUUCUUUGCGUGUACGUUGAUGAUGAUGCUGUCAGGUCCCUCAGGGUUCUGGAAGUGGGUGGGCUCUUCAGUGUUUCAUGUUGGAGGAAUCUUCUCAGACAGACACGAGUCUGAGUCUGUCUCAUUCCUGAGCGCUCAGGUGACCAUCAGCUGAGUCAAGGUGGAUCAGAUACCCUCAACCUCUCAGAACCAAACCGUCUGUGUGGAUCCCUGAACCAGAUCCCAGAGGAUCUGAGGUGAACCUGGUCCAACAGAUGGACCACAAACGAUCAGACUCCUCUGGGUGUGAACAGAAGUCUGUGUGGAACAUCUGCAGGAACAUCUCCAACUGAUGAGGUGAAGGUCCAACAGGUUAGUCACAUGACCGGGUCACCACUCUGUGAGAGACCGCGUGACUCUGGAGUGGAAACCACCGCAUGAACUCAGAAUCAGUUCAUCUACUGAUGAGGUUCAGAGCGGAUCAUGAGAGAGGAGGAGAACCUGUCCCAGGACCUGAAGAAGAGGACCCUCUGUUUGGACCCUGAGACGGGUCCCUCUGAGGUCGUUCUGAUUCCUGGUUCCUGUCCUGGUUCCUGUCCUGGUCCCUGUGGUCUCAGUUAAACUCCGUCUCUGUUGUUGUGAUUCUUCAUGUUUCUGCUCUCAGCGGUAACAAGCAGCAGCCUGUUGAAGCUGUCAGGACUUUAAACGUGGCUUUAAAGCGUCAGCGGCGGCGGCAGCGGCGGUUCCUCUGCUGUUUUAUCUCCUCUCAGGUCUCUUUGUGUGUCAGAGCUCAGGUUGGGCGUUGGCGGGUUUGGGUGGGGCCCUGUGGAGCCUCUGUGGAGCCUCUGGAUUUGUCUGCAGGGCUUUCUCUGAGAUUUCUGAACAAACCACAGAACAUCGGAGGAGCUUCUCUCUCUGUAAACAUCUCUAAACUCUGAUUGGUCGGAGGGAAAAGCUCGGCGGGACUUUCAGGAAACCCCGUUUAUUUUCACGGACAGGCGGCCCUCCCUACUUUAUUCAACACUCUGUUUCUUUCAUCCCAAAGACUGAAAUCACCUCUGCAUGUUCUGACAUUAGACCUCCAUGUUUCUGCACUCCUGAAUUCCAGACGAGUCGACUAUGAAGAGCGAGCGCUAACUCGGACUCUGUUUUUACGGUUUAUUAUGAGUAAACAAGAACAUUUGUCUUUUUAUAUUAUUUAAUUUGGUUUUUAUUCCACUAACAAAGUGCAGUAUCACUCACCAUGCGGCUGUUUUACCUUUUUAGUUUUUAUGUUUUUAUUUUUCUGUAUAUUAAAUUUAACAUCAUUCUGCGAUAUGGAGGCCAAGUGACGACAUUUCACUGCAAAGAGAAAUCACUGCAGUGUUUAAUUCAGCGCGAUGACAGAUAAAGAAAGUCGCAGUCAGAUGGUCUGUCCCAAAUCACGUACUUCCACACUAAAUAGAUUCAGUCGCGCAGUGAUUGAGUUUUGCAGAAUUAUCCCAAAUCGCUUACUGCCGCGCGGCGCCCUCAUCGGGAAUGACGACGCGAUUUUCUUCUUCUACGCCAGUUUGUCACCGGCUAGCUCUGCAUCAGCUAAUUACACCACCUUUUGCCUGCGUUCGUUCGUCCACUUUUGAGGUAAAAUCAGCAACAAAGUGAACGUUCAUCGCUCAUUUUUACGUCUCAGUCUGCGCCGACAUCGAGCGUCCACAGUCUGAUACUCAAAAUCUUGACCGGUUUGCGUUCGUCAUCCGGGUCCUUUUGACUACUCAACUUUCACAUACUGUGCACACUGUUUUUUUAAUUUUACGUUGAGUAUAUUAGUAUUUAGUAUGGAAGUAAACGUUAGUAUGCAUUAUGAGUUAGCCUGACCCUGACCCAGGAGAGGGAGGAGGAGGAGGACGAAGGUUUUGCCUAAACUGAAUCUAUAACUGAAUCUAUCUGCUCUACAGCUAUACUCAAAUGUGAAUGCAAUGGGAGAUCCAAGUACUGCCUUCGGGACUCAUUGGGUCUGCACUGCCUCGACUGCCAGGGAAACACUGAGGGACGGCACUGUGAGCGCUGCAAGGCCGGCUUCUUCCUGGAGGGGGCAGCAACGAGCUGCACACCCUGCCGCUGCAACCUGACAGGUACGAGGAACCGCGUUUCUCUAAAACAGUCCCAACAAUGAUCGGCUUUUUUCAGGACUCAUUUUGGAUGUCUGCACUUUUCUUUUCCAGGUUCUGUGACCAACACGUGUGACAGCAGGGGGCGCUGCACCUGCAAAGAAGGUGUCACAGGAGAUAAAUGCGACCAGUGCCAAGAUGGACCGAUCGGACCAAACGGCUGCAAGCAAAGGUGAAGACACACAUCCCUCUAGAUUCUUCAACUUCCUCUUUAAACUCCUUCAGAAGUUUAAUUCUGUUGAAACUUCAACCUUCUACCUCUUCACCCUUUAGUUCCUGUUAAUUUUAAUCUUUAAAAAUGUGACUGUCAGCUCAAAAUAGAGAUGAAGAAAAUGACGAAUGUCCUCAAAUGGGACGUAGUAGGAACCGAGGGUUAAACAAAUCUGGCGAGUCCUCCAGAAGAACCCGCACCAGUACCACUGUAAAAACAAACACUUGUAGACUGAGUCAGCGUUGGUCGGGUCUUGGCCUGAUGAAAAGGUCCUUCAGUGCCGAUGAAAACUCGGGUUUGGACUGACCCUCAUGUCUGUUGAGGCGGUCUGAGGUGAAGGUCAGUCCAGCAGAUAAAGCUCCAACUGGAGACUCAUCGUGUUGUUAAGAAAUUCAAAAGUUUGUAUCUCCAAGGACUCCAGGAGACCCCGUUUGGACUUAAGUUCUGUUUGGGUUCUUAGUUCUGUUCGGUUCUUAGUUCUGUUCGGUUCUUAGUUCUGUUUGGUUCUGACCCUUCGUGUCUCUUUGUUCGCAGUCGUCGCCCCAGACAGGACUCUGGAGGUCAGACCCUCGCCUGUUUCUGUUACGGCCACAGCACCAAGUGUUCGCCAAAGUCUGGUUACUCCGUCCACAACAUCACCUCCACCUUCACCACAGGUACCCUCCCUCCUCUCUGCCCCCCUAUGGUUUUACAUUUCAAAAUAAAAGCCCCUGUUUGCUGACCGACCCUUUUGUGUUUCAGGUCUUGAUGGUUGGAAGGCGGCGACGGUGAAAGGUGACACCCCCGAUGACGUUCACUUCCGCUGGUCACCAAAACACCAGGACGUGGAGGUGAUCUCCAAACACAGCCUUCCACUUUACCUGUACGCCCCAGGUGAGAACAGGCCACGCCCACCUUUUUAUAUUUACUCUCUUUGUCCUUUCCAUCCUUCCCGUGCUCGCUUGUCUCCUUGUCCUCUCCAUCAUCCUUCUUCGUAUCCUUGUCUCAUCAUGUUUUCAUCCUACAGCUUCUUUCCUCGGGAAUCGGUUGCUAAGUUACGGUCAGAACCUGACCUUUUUGCUGCGUCUGGACCGUGGCGUCCGUCAUCCGUCCACCAAUGACGUCAUUCUGGAAGGUUCCGGCCUCAGAGUCUCCACCUCACUGGGCGACCUGCGAUCCAUCGUCCCCUGUGGACAGAAGUUACGCUACAGCUUCAAGUAGGAGUUACACCUUUACCUGUGUUCUUUCUAGUGUCCAGCAGGGGGCGACCUCUCUGUCUAACUGUGUAGAACUCUAUGAGAAGAUGGUCCUACUUCUCAGUGGACCGUCUAAAUCUUUGACGAAGCUUUUCUAAACUGUGAAGGUUCUUGUGUGUCAGAGCGGAGGAACCUUUCUUUUGUAAUCAGAGCGAGUCCAAACCCAAACAGAGCCCGGGUUUUACCCAGAACCAAGACGUCUCAGAUUGUUCUGUGUUAGUGUGUUAAUGUGAACUCUCUCUGGACAGAUUGGACGAGGCUCCCAGCAGCAGAUGGCGGCCUCAGAUCUCCGCCCUCCAGUUUCAGACGCUCCUGCAGAACCUGACCGCCAUCAAGAUCAGAGCCACCUUUGGAGACAACGGUGAGUCGGACUUUGGCGAAGUUCCCCGGUUGAAGGAAAAACUCGGUCACAGUUUAAGUUUUGGUCUUUGGAUGUCGACAGCAGAUGCUGCUCACAUCUGGACUUCUCAGAGCUUGAUGCUGAUUGGUUUGUUGUCUUUCAGGACGUGGUUACCUUGACGACGUGAAGCUGAUGUCAGCCCAGCGUGGAGAGGGUACCCGGGCCCCCUGGGUCCAGACCUGCAGCUGCCCCCAGGGGUACGAGGGCGACUUCUGUGAGCGCUGCUCGGCAGGGUUCAGGCGCAGCGUCCCCGCAGACGGCGCCUUCAGCUCCUGUGAGCCGUGCAGCUGCAGGGGAGGCAGCUGUGACCCCCAGACCGGAGACUGCUACGCUGCUGAUGAGACCCCCGCAGAGCGCAGGUGCACAGACGGAUACUACAGGGACCCCUGGAGCCCCAGCACCUGUCUGAAGUGUCCCUGUCCAAAGGGAGUGUCCUGCUCGCUGGCCGUUGGCGCUCUGUGGCCUCAGUGUAACAGCUGUCCACCUGGAACCACAGGUAAGCCCAAAAAACGUCACCGACUGGACAUAAAGUCAGCGGACAUUCCUUACGGCACAGUUUCCACACAUUACUGAAGGUUACUUAAAACCGUUUUAAAUAAGUUUAAUAUAAAUAAGCUUUCAGUUUCUCUUUAACUAUCAUCACAUCAUCGACAUCGACACCAUCAGGACUCAGAGUCUGCUUCUCCUCUCAGGUUCAAACUGUGACGUCUGUCAAGAAGGUUUUUACGGCGGAUCCCCCAGGGGCGAUGGAGUACCCAGUCCCUGCAAGCCCUGCGAGUGCAACGGCCACAUCGACGUCAGCGUGGCGGGAAGCUGCGACCGUAAAACCGGUGAAUGUCUGAAGUGCGUGAACAACACUAGAGGAAGUAGCUGUGAGCAGUGUGAGCCGGGUUACUACCACGGCCGAGUGACGGACGCCUGCAAACGUAAGGAUGAGUCUGAACGAGGUCCUCUGACCAAACUGAUGAGAAGAACUUGAUUUAUCCCUGAGGGGAAACCGCGAUCACCACGAUGAUCCCCACUAACAGAUGAAUAUCUCUCUUCUUCACCCCCCAGCCUGUAACUGUGACCUCCAGGGCUCUGAGUCCACUCAGUGUGAUGAUCUGGGUCGCUGUCGGUGCAAACCGGGCUUUGAAGGUCCCAGGUGCCACCAGUCCAACUGCCCGGCCUGUUUCGCUCCCAUCAAAGUAAAGGUAAAGUUCCUCAUAAUCAAACUGGAAAUGGAAAGGUUCGGUCUGUCGUUGAAUUUCCUCGCUCAAGUUUCCUCUCAAAGUUUAAGUUUUCACCUCUUUGACCUUCUUCUCGGGGGUCUGCUGAGCUGGGAUGUCAGGGUUGUAAGUGUCUUUGUUAAUCCUGUUUCAGAUGGGGGUCUACACCAUCAAACUGAAGGAGCUGGAGUCUCUGAUGAAGGGGGAAGUAAAACCAGCCAACAGUGCCGAGAUGGAGGCCGCCCUGAGAGCCACAGAGGAGCUGGUGGAGGACCUGGAGGGCGAUGCCGAGAUGCUCGGAGGUGAGAGGUCAUUCCUACGUGUGCUAAAGGUGUUAAAGAAAAUACGUUUUCACUGAGGUCCUCUGACCACACCUCUUCUUACAGGACUGGAGAAGAACCUGCAGAAACGUCUCUCAUCCAUCAGCAAAAGUCAGCUGGCUGAGGGGCAGGACAUCCAAAACAUCGCAGACGCCGCUGACGACAUCAAAGAACGCCAGCAGACGUACAAGAACAAGGUGGACCAGGUCAAGGCUCUGUUGGAGGAGAUGAAACGCAAACUGGACCAGGCCAAGGCCGACAUGAGAUCCGCUGUAAGAUAUGACAGUACACACGACGCUAACAUGAACUCAAGAUAGUGAAGGACUUGGGUUUACUCUUUAGACUGCCUUUAACCCUUUUGGGACCUGAAGGAUCCUUUAGAAACCAAAGUCCACUCUUGGUGGUUCCUAGGACUGUUUCACGGUCUCUAACAGCUGAUCUUCUCUCCUCUCAGGAGUUUCCUCUUGGAGAUGCUCCUCUGGGAUCAAACCUCCUCUCCUCGUUGGUGAAAUCCGCCACCAGUCUGGCAGACACGUGAGUCCAUCGUAUUUUAUCUCUGUUAUUAUUGAUCGGUGAUCGGAUUUCCCUUAAACCGAGUGACAGAUGACCGUGUCUUAACUGGCCCCUCUCUGUUGAUCUUGCAGACAUCAGACAAAGGCCGAUGCUGUGGAGAAAAUCGCCAAUGACGCUCUGAGUGACUCCGAGAAGAGUCUGGGUCUGGUCCGGACUCUCAUGAACAGAGAGAACAAAGUCAAAGAGACGAUCGGAGACCUGAAAACACAGUGAGUCCCCUCUUCCUGUCCGUCCUGCUCCUGGUCUUUAGGCAUGUUCGACACUCAAAGAUAAUAUCGUCCAUGUUUGUUCAGGUACGAUCAGACCUCAGCCAGAGUGAAGGGUUUGGAGAACCAGGCCAGCCGACUGAGCGGCGAGGCCAAAGACGAAAGCAAGAUGGCGGAAGGCAUGCUGAGAGACAUCAGCAACAUGGAGCGAGGCAUCCCAGCGUCCCUGAAGGUAGGUCUCUACAAUCCAGAUCCGCUGACGCUAUGACUCUAAUCAGCGUCUCUAACCUCCUCUUGUUUUCCCAUCAUGCUCAGGGAGCCGUAGACGCCAUGGUGUCCAGAGUGGACGGGUUAAAGGACACCAUUAACAUCCCGGGUUUGCAGGCUCUGCAGGACGGACUGCAGAAAAGCAAGGUCUCAGCGAUGGACCAACUGGCAACGGGCAAGGCCGCCCAGAAGGUACUGAGGGAUGAUGGGAAUCUAGUCAAAUGUACGGUGGCCUUGAGGGACAAUUCCUCUGAGAAUAUUUGUGUUUUGUAAAAUAUUUUUCUCUUGGAAGAAUUUAGUUUGAUGAAAGGUUUUAAGACUCUUCAGACCAGGACUUUAUUCAUGUGGACGUCUGAACCUGGUUUGAGCCUUAGAAGAGUUUUUAAUGUCCCCGUUAAAUUUACCGGCGUGAAGCAGAUCAGACCCUGACUUUGAGUUUAGUCCUGGAUUUAAUCAUGUGGUUUUUCUCCGCAGGACUUCGAUAAGCUGCUCGGCAGGGUCAACGUGGCCAAAGCCGACACUGAAGGCGCUCUGCAAACCAUCAACGGAAACACCAAAGACCUGAACGACGCCUUGAGCGCCCUUCGAGGUAGAGACACUCACAGACAGACCGAUGCAGAGAAGACUCUUGCUUUUAUUGUGAAAAACUUGACUCCUCCCCCUUUUCCUCCUCAGGGUUUGACCAGCAGAUCGCCUCCAGCAAAGGUCUGGCCGACGGCGCCAUCUCACGCCUCCCAGGCAUCAGUGCCACCAUCCAGCAGGCCGUCAACAACAACGCAGAGACGGAGUCACUCCUGAAGGACGUGGAUGUGGAUUACAACAACGCGCUGGGAACCGUGAACGUGCUGGAGAACCUGGUGAACGGUCUGGAGGUGAGAAGAGCUUUAGAGUUUGAACUCCAACCUGAAGGUCCUCCCUUUUCAGAGGUCAUGAUGAAGGUCGUUUCCUUUCCUCUUUGUUCUGAGUGUUUCUGUCUUCUCUUCUUCAGGGAUCCUUCCAGUCUUUGCCGUCUCAUUCUGAUCUGCUGAGCGGCAUCUCCAAACUGAGCGGUGAUGUUCAGGGUAUGAAAGUGAGCACCAACGCAGCAGCUGGAGAGAUCAAAGCUGAGCUGGACGCUGCCCGGAUACUGCAGGACAACGCCAACGAGGUACCAGAACAAAGACCAGUCCCUCAGUCCCGUAUAUGUCACCCCAAGUCUCUGCAGAACUGGAACUAAAUGUCUCAAUGUCUUCUUCACAGGCUGCUGAGGGGGCGAGUUCAGCUUUAGGCGCCGCCAGACAGACCAGACAGGCUGUGGGAGAUACUCUAUCGAAGAUCAACGGCAUGCUGCAGAACAUCGGUGAGUUUUAACCCCCAACCUCCACCUUCAUCCUGAUCGUCUCCUAAAAGGUCGUAUCCUCCGAUCGUAGCUGAUCGUAACCAUUCAAGUUAACGUGUCAAUUUACACCGACUUCUUUCCGUUCCUCUGCGGAUCGCCGGACUCCUCAGCUGAUCACAAGAGUUCUAUUUUUUCUGGACGCCGGAGCAUGGCGGAUAAAUUCAGCACAGAUUAACCCGUGCUGGAAAGGAAGUCGGGCACAGACACAAAAUAAAACAUCCGGCUUCUUUUCAAAAUAAAACACACAUUUCAUUUCAUGAAGUCUAGAAGUAGAUUUCCUCCUCUGGAAGGACACAAUCUACUGCUUUUAUGUCUAUGUGUCUGUCUUUAGAGAGACAACUCGUUAUCGUGAGAUUGCUAGGAAUCCGCGGUGCUCGCAAUUCCUGCUGUCCGUAAUCUGCUACAAAAUUCACCUCACAAAUGGAUCCGGUCGGAAUUGGCGGAUGGUGAAAAUUGUUGCCUUUCCAGAUCUGAGCCGGUCCUGAUGGGUGUAAAUUGGGAGUAAGAAGAAAGGUGUCCUGACGUGGACUCUGAUGAUCCUCAAACCAUCAGGACUGUGCGCUCUUCCAUCUUUCCUCCGGAGAGACUCCGCCUCUUUUAUACUCGGUCAUGUUGACUCUGGAUGACACACAGUUGUUGUUCGUACUUCUGUCUCUCGUGCAUCUUGUGAGCGUUUGUCUUCCAUCUCGUUGUGUCGUCUCUCUGACCUUCUGUGUCUCUCCUCCUCAGGUCAAACCGGCACUUUUGAUGAGUCCAAGCUGAAGGAGUUGGAGGCGUCUGUCGCCAACGCUCAGAAGGAAGUGGAGGGGAAGCUGAGGCCUUUGUUCAAAGACAUGGAGGACAAGGAAGCCGCUCAGAGACGCCGUCUGAUUGCCAUCAACCACGACAUCGACUCCAUCCAGGGAGACAUCACUAACAUACACAACAUCCUGGACGCCAUCCCCAUCGGAUGCUACAACACUCUGCCCAUCGAGGAGGCCUAA